AUGGAGCCAGUACCUGAAGCCGAAAGAAUGGAGAAGUUUAGAGCCUCAUCAGCUCCAACCUUGACUCUUAAAGACUCUUCGUUCCACGCGCACCAUGGAUCGCAAGACUCAUCCGAAAACUCAUCCGUCCCACGACACCCCAUUGAACUGUCUCUUCCUUCGCCACUCUCUUCCAGCUCUCCAGCGAGUCCUUACACUAUUUCCCCCGACAUCUCUCCGCGACCUCGAAUGCAACUACUUUCCCGAUCUUCCUCUGGAACUCUGAGCCCACCGCCCAUGUCAAGGACGCAGUCGAUGCCGGGAUUGAAUAGCAAAACUCAACUACGGGCCUACCCAAACCCUCUUCCAGCCAGCCCACGAAUCCCGAUGCGUCGUGCUCGUUCCCCAAGAAAACCAGUAGAUGAGGUUUUUAUUGGCAUACCAAAUCGCACAAUUGGGAUAUACGCAGAAGGUAACAGCUUAAACGAAAAAGAACAUCUGACACCGCGAGUUUAUGACCCAAACACGUCGCUUUCAUCUGCAACCUAUCCCUGUCCUCGAAUACGCCAGCCUAUGUCUCCGCGCUACGCUCUUCCACAGGAGAACAGCCCGGGAAUUGGUGCAUCCGCUAUCCCUCCUCUUACCUCUCCACCAGCUACGCGCUCAUCACGUUACAGCGAUUCAUUCUUGGGAGCAAACUACUGUUACUCGGCACCUUUUAGUAGCCCUGGAUCUCUCUCUUCUUUCUUGAUGCCUUCUACACCCACCUCUGCAAGAUCUCGAAGCCCCAGUAUCUCCAGCUUAGAAACCAUACCAGAUUCUCCAGACGCUGAAGAGGCGGCCCUAGAAGCGGAACGUAGUGCCCAACGCAAAGCAGCUGCAGACGCAUCUGAAGGCAAUAACAAAGCCGAAUCCAAGAAUACACCGGAAACAACAGGUGUCGGGCGUGGCAGAAUGCCCGGUAUAGUCUAUGGUCGCGAUAAGCGAAAGAGAUGGAGUGUCUGUGGCGCCGAACGCAGGGGUGAUCUCAAUCUAGACACAAUAUGGGAAGACUGA